UUUAUUCUUUUCCGUGUACAAUGGCCCAUCUCUGCUAUCCUCUAUCUCCCACACUUACCUGAUCACUUCUUCUGCCGAUUCCCGACCAGUAUCAAAAGAAGACAGUUCUCCGCCGAACGCUUACUUCCGCCGUCAUUAGCGGCACCGUCUGUUGUUUACUUGUUGCGCAACUCCUUAUUGAGUAUCUUUUGGAAAUAUAGUAGACCUCUACAGGGCCUUACUGCGGUAUCCGGCAAGUUUAGGCAACCCCCAGAGGCAUUCGUAACGUCAAUCAGAGUGGCGACGGGGCUGCGCAGGCAUGUCCAGCACCAACGCCGAAGCCUCGUCAAGUCGCUCUCCUCUUCAGCUGCCAAUACCUUCGUCGACCGCUAGUGAACGUAGUCCAGUCGGUACAAGCAGAAGCAAACCGACCAACGAAACUCAGAGCGACAACUCUCCCCGCAUCAAGAAUGACCGCAGCAGUGUACGCCGCACGACGAGGCCUCAAGCAGCCGCUAGCAAUAGAAAGAUUAGGACUGUACCGCCUUCCGCCAUCCUUGACCCACCAACUCCUCCUUCCCCUGCGCGCACUCUUGAACCCGCUGUACCUAUUACAGUGACGGAUAGCGCCCGGCAUCGGCGUUACCGCAACUACUAUUCCGACUCUGAUUCAGAUGGAGAGUACUCAACAGAUGGGGAACCACCAUGGUGGACGUUCACCCAGCUUGGUAUGGCCAAACUGCGACAAAAAAACCUAAGACAUGAAGAAGUUGAAGGUCCGACGGAAGGCGAGUCUGCCAAAGAGGACAAGGAGCCUAAAAAGCGGACAAGCUACUUUACUUCUUCAUGGCACAGCUCGAAAGAGGGCACACCUCCACUCAGCAGCCGUAGACGCCGGAAUCCAUCUCCAUCACACGGCAACACCUCGUCUACCAAGAAUCACACACCUUCCACCAAGUUAUCCAACACCCAGUUCUUUCGUAAACAACCCAAAGUUGUGGAUCCUCUUGGGCAUCCGUCAUUGGGAGCAACUAGUUUACCCCUCUUACGUACCGACUCUGCUCCUGCACGUACAUCCGCUCCUACUUCACCCACCGAUUUUCGGAGUCCGGGAAUGACCACCCUUGCCAACGGUCAAAAUACCCAACUUUCCCUCCAUGAAAGCCCUACUUCUCUUACACCCGGGCUUCCAGAUGAUGUCCCAGGGUCCCCAAGACGUAUGGGUAGACGACAGCUCACUGCACCCAAUUUCCCAAGAUUGUUUAGAGCACGGGAUGGAAUGAACAGCGCUGAUGACUCCCACGAUGCUUCAACCGAUACAGACGCGCCUGCUUCUACACGCAAAGCUCGUCCUCGUUCAUCCCUUCCCACAUUCUCCAUACCUGAAUCAUCUUCCGCACAAGCGCAGAACAAUGAUAACGAUGUAUCCAUUAAUGGUAACGCCACAUCACCAGACGCAUCACCUACUCGACCGAAAUACAAACGCAAAGCCUCCCAUCGUCUACGUAUCAACCUUCCUCCGCCUAUCACCCAGCAUUUUGCAAAUAAUUUUACCAACGGUUGGCCCCACGCUGGCAGUUGGCAAGAUGCCUUAUACGGGCACUACGAGGAAGAACCAUCCAAGCUCGAGAGAGAACGAGGGUCCAAAAGGGACCUAGAGCCGCUCGAUCCGCCCGCAUCUCCUGGUAGCGGUAUGUCUCCCCCACUUUCCAGUCCACAUGAAGGUGAUGUCGAGUCAUCUGGUGAGAUGCCUGCCUCAUCUACCACGAAGAGGGUCAAGUCGAAGCGCCACAUGAAACGUUUUCAGGCUCUUGCGCCCCCCACACCUUCUGGAUUAGGGUUCUCUCCGAGAACAUCAACGGCAGGGCUGGAUGAAUAUCCUUGGGGGCAUGCACAAGGCGAAAGGGGAGAAUCUCAUUCGAGAUUGCCUGUAGAUGCAGAAAAGGAUGUGCGACUUCGACAGGAUCCACAGAGGCAGUCUCAGUCUGAUCGAGUGUCAAAGGAACUUCGUACGAGCGGCGAUCAGCCUCAGUCUCUGUCGAGACCUGACACGGGAACAGCAACGAUUAAUACGAAUAUUGAAGGUGGAGAUGCCCAGAGUACACCGCAAGGAAGCGGUUGGAGGCUGUUUGGUUGGGGUCAUGAUGAUAAAAAGAAGGAUUUGAAUUUGAGUUGGAAAAAGAAGGCAAAGAGGGUAUUGUUUUUGGAUGCGAGAGUCACGAUCUACAUACGAUUGUUGAACUUGGCUGUUGUCGUCGUAGCCCUUGGCUUGUCUAUCUCCAUCCGCCUCGACCUGAUUCGUCUCCACCUCCCGGGCAUCCUUGGAUCCUCCACAACCCUAAUCAUUUGCUACUCUUCCACCACCAUCCUCCACGUUCUCACCGCCAUUUACCGUGAAUACUUUGGCAAGCCGAUCGGUCUCUGGGGUCUUCGAUCCAAGAUGCUUUGGGUAUGCCUCGACUUGCUUUUUGUCGCACUUUGGUCCUCGGCGAUGAGUCUUGCGAUCAACGAUCUGAUUGCAACGCCUUUGGAAUGUACGGCAGGUUCCGCAUGGUGGAAUAACGGUUUGGCCGAUGGGUACGCACAGCUGCUACAUGAUAUCCGCGGUUCUAUCACCUCCAAUCACUCAGACUCAAACAUUACCCCCUUCGUCGGAGUGACUCGUGUGGCGGAUGUAACCAGCACUCUGGGGGUGACUCUUCCUACUUCCAUUAUUGCAAAUAACAUGGCAAGGACAGUGUGUGAACAUCAGGCGGCGUGUAUAGCUCUCAGUUUAUUGGCAUUGCUGCUGUAUGGAGGUAACAUGGUGUUAAGUUUGUUCAGGAUCUUUGAAACGGUGAGGAGGACAGCGAAUGUCAGUAGAGCAGUGAUUGUCUGAAAGUCACGUGUGGUAAUUUGGACGUAUACACAUUUUAAUUGUU